AUGAUUCUGCUCACAAGCCAUUCUGAAGAUGCGUUGUUCAUCACCAUGGACUUUAACCAAGUCCCUUGCUGUACCUAUGUUCCCAGACAUAUCUCUGAUGACGAACUUCUUCGUCUCCUUCCUUCUUCUUGGGUAACAGCAUAUGAACAACAGGUUGCAGUUUUCCAACCUCAAGUUCCUUCAGAACUAGUUCAGUCUACAAAUCCUGAGUACAUUACUCAUCCUUCUGGUGAGCUAGAAAUCCGUUUUCCUCCUCCUCGAACCCGCCCUUCUCCUUUCCCAACCUCUUUUGGUAUGAUCCAAGAAAAAAUCCCUAUCAAGUCUUUUGAUUCUCAGGGUAAUCCGAUCUUCUACUUUCAAGAUCCAGUUACUGGUCAUAAAUACUUCGACCUUUGUGACUGUGACGAUUGUCUCCAAGAUUCCGACGAUGAUUUUCCUCCCUCCCGUCUUUCUGCUAGACGAAAGUCUACUCAGCACCAAUUACAAGAAUGA